AUGUUCGAUGCCACGGACUUUAGUCACAAUUAUCUUAUAAAAACCGCCUUGUUAUCGAAGGCAAUGGACGAAAUUGGCUUUGGCCGUUACCAAUACGGGCUCUUCUUUGUCGCAGGCUUUGGAUGGUUUGCUGAUAAUGCUUGGCCUAUAGUCACCAGUUUAAUCAUACCGGUGCUCACAGAAACAGACGGAGUUCAUCCACCCACUGGGAAAGGUCCCUACUUGACGUUGGCUCAGAAUCUCGGGUUAUUGGUGGGAGCAGCCUUUUGGUCACUCUCAGCCGAUAUUAUCGGGAGAAGAUGGGCAUUUAAUUUGACAUUUUUGAUCACGGGAGUGUGGGCUGUUGUAGCAGGAUCGGCCCCAAACUUUGGGGCGUUGGGAGUGUUUGUGUCUUUGUGGUCGGUUGGAGUUGGUGGGAACCUUCCGGUAGAUUCGGCAUUGUUUCUCGAGGCACUCCCCAGUACUCAUCAAUGGCUUCUUACGGUGAUGUCAGGUUGGUGGGCUCUUGGGCAGCUUGUUGCCAACUUGAUAUCGUGGGGAUUGAUAGCCAACUUCUCAUGCUCCACAGACUCGAAGGUGUGCUUAAAGGCUGAUAAUAAGGGUUGGAGAUACUUUUUGUUCACAAUGGGUGGAUUGACUUUAUUGUUUUUCAUUGCCCGAUUCAGCUUCCGGGUGUUCGAGUCUCCAAGGUUCUAUGUGGCCCGUGGAAGAGAUGACUUGGCCAUCGACACUCUCCAGAAGAUUGCUAAGAUUAAUGGUACAGAGGUAUCUCUCACGCUUGAUCAGUUGCAAAAAGUAGAUGAGAAAUACCCGGAAGAGUCAACCACAAAGAAUCACUUGGUUAAGGAAAAGGUGCAAAAAUUCAAUCUUGAACAUUUGCGUAACUGUUUUCACUCUAGGAAGAUUGCCAUAUCGUCAGCCCUUGUGAUUUUCACCUGGGCUAUUAUCGGGUUGGCGUUUCCCUUAUAUAAUGCAUUUUUACCCUACUACCUUCAGACCAGGGGGGAUGCUAAUAAGCCAUUGAGUGUCCAUGAUACAUACCGAAACUCAUUGAUUGUGUCGGUGAUUGGUAUCCCCGGAUCCAUCGUGGCUGGGUUCAGCGUCGAGACCAAAAUCGGCAGAAAGGGCACAUUAAUUGUGUCUUUGUUACUUACCGGGGUGUUCUUAUUUGCAUCCACCACCGCCAAAACCAGUAACGCCAAUUUGGGAUGGAAUUGUGCUUUCAGCUUUGUCUCCAACAUCAUGUAUGGGGUUUUGUAUGCUUAUACACCUGAAGUGUUUCCUGCGAAAAUCAGGGGAACUGGAGUUGGUUUGGCUGCAAGUGCCAAUCGGAUAUUAGGUGUUUUUGCACCCAUUAUUGCCAUCUAUGCCGAUUUGACUACCUCGGCCCCAAUUUUCGUCAGUGGGGCUUUGUUUCUUGCCUCAGGUGUUUUGGUGUUCUUUUUCCCAUACGAGCCGAGAGGACAUAGUUCCUUGUAA